ACCCAUCCCACGCCACGGGCUCCUCCUCCCCUCCGCUUCUCCUCUAGGUCCCUCUCCUACAGAACCCUUCCAAUCCAAAGCGAAUCCUCCGGGCCGCCGCGGCGGCGUCUCCCCGGGCGCCCCUAGCACAGCUCGCGUUCCGGUGGAACAGAGAAGAGAGGCGAGAGGAUGGAGAUCCAGUCGUCUGGCCGCUCCAUCGAGGGGCUGAUGGAGAAGGUGCUGUCCGUGAACAUCCUCUCCUCGGACUACUUCAAGGAGCUCUUCAAGUACAAGACCUACCACGAGGUCGUCGACGAGAUCUACAACCAGGUGGACCACGUCGAGCCCUGGAUGACCGGCAACUGCCGCGGGCCCUCCUCCGCCUUCUGCCUCCUCUACAAGUUAUUCACCAUGAAGCUCACCGUCAAGCAGAUGCACGGCCUGCUCAAGCACCAGGACUCCCCCUACAUCAGAGCUAUUGGAUUCCUCUACCUACGAUACGUUGCAGAACCGAAGACACUUUGGACUUGGUAUGAACCCUAUAUCAAGGAUGACGAGGAGUUUGCACCUGGAUCAAAUCGUAAAGUGACUACAAUGGGCGUUUAUGUGCGUGAUCUCCUCCUUGGUCAGUACUAUUUCGACAGUCUCCUUCCACGAGUGCCUCUCCCAAUCCUCCGACAGGUCACUAGCCACCUUGAGAAGCUAAAGCUUCCAACAAAGCAGUCAGGAAUGACUGGGGAUUCCAACAGGCUUGAAUCAAAUGAUACCGCCAGAAGGCCUCCUUCCGUAAAGGCUUCUUUGUCUGUCUCCUUUGGUCAGCGCGCUCCACACCGUGCAUCCACAAGGGAUUCUUCCCCGGUCCGAAGAACGUUACCUUCCAAACAGGACAAGGAAGGUGACCGUGCGAAAUCGCCACCGAUGAAGCACCGGAGUCGGAGCUCUGAGCGUGAUCAUGAUUUGGAGAGGGAGCGCUCGGAUCGUGAACGUGGCAGUGGCAGGUACUACAAGGAUAGGGAGCCUGAUCGGCAUGCUCGUGAGCACAGAGACCGCGAUCAUCGUCGGUCUGAUUAUUCGAACAGGGAUGGCGAAACACGAGGCCGUGAAAGGAGGGACAGGGAUUCUGACCGGAGUAGACAUGCAAGCGUCCGCAGGAGCAGGAGCAGGAGUCCAGUCCGUGGCAGAAGUGAUGGCGACAAACAUCGCUCCAGCCCGUUUGGUAGGGCUCCAGAAUUGUCGAACCUGGCGAAGCUGAAGGAUCUGUACGGCGAUGCGACAAACGUGAAGAAUGAUGCUGGCGACGAUAGGGCGCACAGGGAUUCUGGAACGGAAGAGGUGAUCCGACUGGGAGGGGCAAGGUGGAGGUGAGUCUCAUGUUAAGGGACAGUGGGACACCACGGUGAUGCAUUUAGGUCCAUGAAUGAAUCCAAACAGCAUCAGUGGAGGAAAUGAUGGGCUGUAUGUCUUAACUUGAACCUACGAUUUCAAUGCUUUAUUCUGAAGGUUUUCCUCUCA